AUGGUAGAAGGCCAGAAUCUCUGUAAUGGACAGACUGUGACCUCUUAUGCUUUAAAUGUUGUUGCUGUUUCUUUGUCAAUUCUGAUAAUAUGUGGAAAUCUUCUUGUGAUCAUCUCUGUCGUUUACUUCAAGCAGCUCCACACUCCAACAAACUACCUCAUCCUCUCUCUGGCUGUGACUGACCUGCUGGUUGGGGCUUUAGUUUUACCUUUCAGCACAAUAUUGUCUCUGAGCUCAUGCUGGAAUUCAAGUUAUUUACUCUGCAAAAUGCGAGGCCUGUUUGAUAUUUUACUGUGUGCAUCAUCUAUUUUAAACUUAUCUUGUAUAUCAAUUGACAGAUAUUUUGCAGUGUGUCAUCCACUGACAUAUAGAAGUAAAAUUAAUGUCUGUUUUGUUCUGACCAUGAUUUUGGUAAGUUGGACUUUCUCUGCUCUACUUUCUAUUAUCAUCACAGUUCGUGAAAUAGGAAAUAAGAUUCCUAGUGGGAGGUGCAUGAUAUUUGUAGCUACAAAGGAAUCCAUGAGUGGAUCUGUUUUUGCCUUUUAUAUUCCAGCUAUUAUAAUUUUCACAAUCUAUCUAAGAAUUCUGGUGGUGGCGAAGAAGCAGGCGAGGCGCAUCCAGAACACGAUGAAGUCUGAAGCAGCUCUCAGUAAGAUGGAGAAUAAGGCCAACAAAACUCUGACUGUAGUGAUGGGAGUCUUCCUCAUGUGUUGGACUCCUUACUUUUCAUCUAUAGGUUUCUACAGUAUGGGAAAAUUCACAAUACCAGUUGCAAUGAUUGAAGGAUUUAAAUGGUUAGGAUGGUCCAAUUCUAUGUUAAAUCCUCUGGUUUAUGCUUUUUUCUACAGGUGGUUCAGACGAGCUUUUGCAAAUAUAUUUUCUGGUAAAAUAUUUCAAGGAGAUUUUUCCAAUACAAAAUUGUUGUGA